ACACAUGAACAGUUUUACCAGCUGUUGUUUUGUAUCACACGUUAGUAGCCUAUUUGUUAAAUGGGUUUUAUUUUGAAAAUGCCUCCCGGAAGCUGUGUCCCUGUCCGUUCUGUUCCUCUUUACCGCUCGGUUCGCUCGGUGACGUCUCUCACCGGUAAAAUCCACCGACGAGUCGACGGGACUGACCGCUUCUCCUCUCUCUGCUUCGCCGUAUCUCAGAGCGGCAUCACAGCAUCACGGAGCCCGACUCUCUGCCUCUCCUGCCCGGCCUGACGGGCCGCGACGAGCCGCUGACAGCAAGGACACGGAGCGGGACCCGCUUCUCCUCAGCAUGAUGGAUGUAACUCCGGUACCGACUCACGGACAAGGAGCCCGGUGGACUCGGCGGAGGGGCAGCGGGGACUUGUGAACAUCCUCCCGGUGUGAGGAUCUGUCGCACCGACUUGUUUUCUCCUGAAUUUGAAUCUUUUUCCUACAAUGUCACCAUCAAGGAGACGCGGCUGAGGCACCGGCUCUUCCUCUCGGGUCUCCGCUGACCGUCAUCCUCCUCAGCUGGUCUCUGACGGUUUUAGCUAACGUUAGCUCCGGUAUGAGCAGAACCGGACCUCCCUGUCACAUCUGACCGGGGAUCGGGGGGUGGUGGCGGGGUGCCGGCGGGGACACAGUUGGAUUUGUGGAUGAGAACCGGUCACCGGGCCGGAUUCCGUGCGGAGGGACGCCGGCCGGAGCGGAGGUGGAGGAAGGAGGAGCAGCAGCGGCAGCAGCAGCUGCGGGGAACCGAUCUGACAACCUCAUCCCCGGGGGGAGAGACGCAGCGAGGCGGCCAGAGGAGGAUGUGAAGAUGGGUUUAGUUUUCGGUCUCCUGUGGCUGUUUACCGGCUUCCUGCAGGGCGUGCACGGCCAGGGCGUGUACGCGCCCCCUACAGUGCGCAUCGUGCACUCAGGUCAGGCCUGUAACGUGGAGGAGGAGCGCUACAGUGAGCGAGUUUACACCAUCAGAGAGGGAGAGACUCUGGAGCUUCAGUGUCUGGUGACGGGACACCCAAGACCACAGAUUCGCUGGACGAAGACGGCGGGCGGAGCUUCUGACCGUCAGGGCGACUCAUCGCUGCACAACGACACUCUGAAGAUCACAAACAUCAGCCGCCACCAGGGGGGGCGCUACUACUGCAAGGCUGAGAACGGACUGGGAUCCCCCGCCAUCCGGUCCAUACGAGUCGACGUCUACUACCUGGACGACCCAGUGAUCACGGUGCACCAGAGUGUCGGUGAAUCGAAGGAGCAGUUCUACUUUGAGAGAACGGUGUUUCUCCGCUGUGUCGCUAACUCUAACCCACCUGUCCACUACACCUGGAGGAGGGGCAGGGAGGCGCUGACGCAGGGAUCCGACUCCGGGGUGGAGAUCUACGAACCCUUUUUCACACAGGGUGAGACGAAGAUCUUGAAACUGAAGAACCUUCGUCCUCAGGAUUACGCCAGCUACACCUGCAUCGCCUCCGUCAGGAACGUUUGCGGCAUCGGAGACAAGAGCGCCCACUUUGGUCUCAACAACAGAACAGCUCCUCCUGCCAUUAAGCUCCUCCUGGACGACCCCCUGGUGGUGAACCCGGGGGAGACAAUCACUCUGGUGUGCGUGGCUUCGGGCGGAGAUCCUCCUCCCUCCCUGAUGUGGAUGAGGCCAGGAGGGGAGGAGCUCCCGAAGAGAAGUGUCGUCAACGCCGGCACGCUGACCGUCCCCGCUGUCACUGUAGAUGACGGUGGCGCCUACAGCUGCGUGGCAUCCAACAACGUGGGGAACCCCGCCAAGAAAUCCACCACCAUACUGGUCAGAGGUCUUCGUAAAGGUCGGUUCUGGAUCACGCCUGACCCGUACCACAACGACGACAACAUCCAGAUCGGCCGGGAGGUGAAGAUCAGCUGCCAGGUGGAGGCCACGCCGCCCGAGGAGCUGCAGUUCAGCUGGCUGAAGAACGGCCGGCCGCUGAGGAGUUCUGAGCGGAUGGUCAUCACCCACACAGACACCGACGUCACGCCAGGGACCACCAACCUCGACAUCAUCGACCUCAAGUUCACCGACUUCGGCACCUACACCUGUGUGGCGUCGCUGAGGAACGGAGGAACCCCCGAGAUCAGCAUCGACGUCAACAUCUCAUCCACCACAGUUCCUCCGGAGCUGACCGUCCCCAGAGGGCGUUCUCACCUCAUCGCUCAGGAGGGCGACACCGUGGACCUGCAGUGUCUGGUCUCAGGGAAACCCAAGCCCAUCAUCCUGUGGUCCCGGGUGGAGGAGCCCGGGGCAGCGGCCGCAGCGGUGGCGGCAGUGAUUCUGAUGCCGGACGGCUCGGAGCAGACGGAGAGCUACGAUGGCGUCCUGAGGAUCACCAACGUGACGAGAGAGAUGAGCGGGACGUACUGCUGCCGGACGAGCCAGUACAACGGCUUCAACGUGAAACCCAGAGAGGCUCUGAUACAGCUGGUGGUGCAGUUCCCCCCCGUCGUGGAGCCGGUGUACACAGAGAUCCGUCAGGCUCUCGGCCGGGCGUUCAGCCUCACCUGCCGCCUGCUGCGAGCUCACCCGGCGCGCCUCCUGCGGUACGAGUGGAAGCUCGGCUCCCGCCUCCUCACGGUCGGACAGUUCAGCGACCAGCGUGAUGACACCAGCUACCUGGUUAGAGCUUUGAACAGGGAGGGCUACGGCGAGUACACCUGUGACAUCACCAACGAGGCCGGGGCGGGGCGCUGCACCUUCCUGGUUACAGGGAAGGCCUAUGCUCCGGAGUUUUAUUACGACACCUACAGCGCUCUGUGGCAGAACAGACCUCGAGUCUAUGGCUUCAAGCUGCAGUGGACACAGAUGGAGCCCAACGCCGUGGACCGAAUCCUGGCCUACAGACUCGGUAUCAGACAGAUGGGUCAGUCUCGCUGGUGGGAGCAGGAGAUUCCCAUGGAGGGAAACAUCCAGAAGGGGGAGCUGUUGACCUACAACCUAACCGAACUCAUCAAACCUGAGUCCUACCUGGUCCGCCUCACCCCCAUCACCCGCUACGGAGAGGGCGACGCAACUGAACGCAUCAUCACGUACAGCGCUCCUGUUAAUCCACAUCUCAGGGAGUUCCAGUGUGGCUUCGAGGACGAGGCGUUGUGUUUGUUCUCUCAGGACAAAACAGAUGAGUUUGACUGGACGCGUCACAGUGCCGCCACACGAGACACCAAAUAUACCCCGAACACCGGACCGAGCUCCGACCACAACGGCUCCAAGCAGGGUUUCUACAUGUACAUCGAGACGUCGAGGCCGAGGCUGGAGGGAGACAAGGCUCGGCUGCUGACUCCCACUUUCAACAUGAACUCCAAGACCUCCUCGUCCACGUCCGCCGUCACCAACAACCCCACCUACUGCUUCGCCUUCUACUACCACAUGUACGGCAAACACAUCGGAGCUCUGAACGUCUUUCUGCGUCAGAAAGGUCAGACGGUGACGGACACCUCUGUCUGGAGUCUGAGCGGUAACCAAGGGGACCGGUGGCGGCAAGCCAAGGUCAACAUCCACCCAACCGCAGCCUUCCAGAUGGUGAUGGAGGGGGUCCGAGGCGCCGGUAUCGAGGGAGAUAUCGCCAUUGAUGAUGUCACCAUUGAGGAGGGCGAAUGUAAAGAUCCUCCCCCCAACAAUCUAAGGUCGCUCGCCCCGCCCUCUUCGCCACAUAUAUGGCAGCUGUGCGUCACUCUGAGUCUGGCUCUGAUUGGCCAGCAGAGGUGACCCCCCCUCUCUACAGGACGUCACUACCUUUGACUCUUCUACAUCCCUCACUUCCCCAUCCAAUCCCAUCAUCCCCCUCCAUUAANCACCCCCCCCC